AUGAAGGUCAUAAUCGUGUUGUCUGCUUUAUUGGUUCUUUCUUCUGCUGAAACAUACAGCGCAGAGAACGACGAUUUCGAUGUUGAGAAGUUGGUGUCAGAUCCCGCUUCUCUUGGAGCUUUCCUGGACUGCUUUAACGACAAGGGUGCUUGUGACGAACUAUCUGGUGAUUUCAAAAAGGACCUACGGGAAGCUGUAGAAGAAGCAUGCAAAAAGUGCACCGAUGCCCAGAAGCACAUUUUCAAACGAUUUUUAGAAGUAGUUAAAGUCCAAAAGGUAGACGACUACAAAAUUUUCCAACAAAUAUACGACCCCGAGAACAAAUACCUUUCCGCUUUGGAAGCCGCUAUUGCGAAAUAUUAA